AUCUAGUAGUUCCUUUGAGGUUAUUUUUCGGGUUCAAUUCAAGUCAAUUUCACUGGUUCUGAACACAUGUUUUCUGAUUCAAUUGAUUUUAUGUAUUGAUGAAGUAGGUUUUAACUUUGUUUAGGGUUUUGAUUUUACUGAUUUUAACUUUGCUUAGGGUUUUGAUUUUACUGAGUUUAACUUUGUUAGAUUUUCUAUUUGUUGUUACUUAGGUUCUUGGUAGUAGUUUAGUUAUGUAUUGUGUGAUGCUUUUCAACUUUAAUUUCACACUCAUUCCAUCCACUUUUAGUUUUUUUGUUGCAACCUUCACCAAAUGCGAGUAGCCGAAGGUCAGCAACACAUGAAUGCAAUUCAAUUCCGUUAUCAGUGCAUUUUGAUACAUCGAAUAUUACCGGUACAUUAUGUAAUAAAUAGUGAUGUUGUGUUUUAGUGGUGACCAAAAUUUUAAAACCUUUAAAAAUUACAUAACCCGAAAUGGUGGCCAAACUUUUAAAACAUUAAAAAAAAACAAAAAUACAAAAUAUGAAGUGGUUGAGUGGUUAGUGGUAUUAUAUAUAGUACCUAAAGCAAUAAAUCCUCACUACCUCUGCUAGGAACCCGAUAUUCAAGAGAAAAGAUUACAGAAGAUAGACCCCUGCAAUCCCAGAGCAAAGCUCCUCAAUAAAGCUACAAUUCUCUGUCUGCCACCAUAUUUUCAGCCACCAUAUCACCUCACCACCUCUCUUGGGUUUCAAAUGAGGACUACAUAUUUUGUCAUAGUAUAAUUGUCUUAUCUGUUCUACAGGAGAGGCAAAAGAAAAUAGGAAUCAUAUGUCCAUGAAUAGGACAGGAAUAAUAGAUUGGAAAAUACAUAUCCAAUAUUCAUUCACCAAAAACUACCGAAGACUCAACAUCGCAAUAAUCUUGUGCUAGCCUGUGCUAUUUUCUCUCAUAUUGGAUUUUCGUCACAAUGAAAGUAAAUAAGAGAAAGAAAGGUGUACAACUUGGUGCAAAGAAGAAACAAAGUAAUAGGGAACAAAAAGCUGAUGUUGAGACACAUGUUAAACUGAACAGUGAUGAGAAGAUGUCCAGAGAUGAUGUUAACAUUAGUUCACAGCUCAAACGACCCAUACUACCUUCUAGUGGACAACCGGUACUAGAUGUUCCAGAAAUUAUAAAGAUGUUUUUCAAUGGAUGUUCUUCAAAGCAGGGGAUUGAGCAAAGUUCCACCUUAAAGCAAGCUGAAAAUCAGAAAACAACGAUGACUACUAUGGACUCCGCUGGCAGAACCAUUCUCAAGCAUGGUCAACGGAAACAACAAUCAUUGACAACUGGAAGUCCAAUCCCAGUGGGAGGAUCUGCUCAAAUACAACAUUCAACUUUAAAGAAAGCAAAAAAUCAAAAAACAACAGUGACUACUACAGACACUGCGGAGAGAUCCAUUCUCCAGCAUGGCAAAAGGAAACAACAACCAUUUACAACUGGAAGUUCAAUCCAAGUGGCAGGAUCUGCUCAAAUACAACAUAAAAAGCAAGAUCACAGGCCAGAGAUAAAGAAGUCAAGAGAUGAUGUUUUCAUUAGUCCACAACUCAAACGCCCCAUGCUAUCUACUAGGGGAGAACCGUUAGUAGAUGUUCCAGACAGUAUAAAGUCCAAUGCUGAAUUGUAUCGAGGCAAGUUGAGAAGUUUUAAAACAACGAAGAGAAGCAUACAAUGUUCUCCAAAGCAGGGGAUGGAGCAAAGUUCUACUUUAGAGCAAGCAAAAAAUCAGAAAACAAUGAGGAAUACUAUAAACACUGCUGGGAGAUCCAUUCUCAAACAGGAUAAAAGGAAACAACAAUCAUUGACAACUGGAAGUUCAAUCCCAGUGGCAGGAUCUGCUCAAAUACAGCAUUCUACUUUAAAGCAAGCAAAAACUCAGAAAACAAUGAAGACUACUAUAGAAACUGCUGGUAGAUCCAUUCCUAAUCAUGGUCAAAGGAAACAACAAUCAUUUACAGCUGGAAGUUCAAUCCAAGUGGAAGGAUCUACUCAAGUACAACAUAAAAAGCAUGAUCGCAGGCCAGUGGGCCGCUCUAUGUUCGGUGGAAGCACCAGUUCUUCUGCUCAACUCCAAAAGGACCUUGUUGAUCAUGGAUCAUCCACUAAGCAGAAGACUACUCGAAAGAGGCCAUCAAUGUCACUGGAUGAUUAUUUUAAAAGGAGUAUGCAACAACUUGAAGUCGAGGGGGGUAUUAACUGUGAAAAUAAUGAUGGUGAUGUUCAGGAUGAUAUUAACUAUGAAAGUGAUGAUGGCAAGGAAACUAAUAAUGAUCCAAUAGAAGAGGACCGCAGUCUUUUUGGUGGAUUAAGCAAUCGUUUUUCUGCUCAGUUCCAAAAGGACCAUAUUGAUCAUGGACCAUUCAAGAAGCAAAAGACUACUCGAAUGUGUCCAUCAAUGUCACUUGAUGAUUAUUUAAAAAUAUAUAAGCCACAACUUGAAGUUGAGGGUGAUAUUAACUAUGAAAAUAAUGAUGGUGAUGUUGAGGGUGAUAUUGACUAUGGAAAUGAUGACGGUGAGAAAACUAAUAACAAUCCCAUGGAAGGCGAAGCAUCAAAAAGAGGGAAAAGAGGAAGGACACGGUGCUUGGAAAUUCACGCCCGAUCACUUGCUGAAAGACAAAAAAUCACCUUAAAUGAAGAAGGAGAGCCCAUUGGACCAACUCAAAAGAUAGUUUCUGAAUUCAGCAAUUUUUUGGGAUCAGUAGCACGGAUGUCAGAUUUAUGUCCUCUUACUUACACUAAUUGGAAGGCUAUACCGAACAAGGAGAAUAUAUGGGCUUAUGUCAAUAAAAAAUACAUUGUUCCAGAAAAAGGAGAGAAGGUUGUAUAUGCUAUCGUAAAUGAUGCUUGGAGGCGGUACAAAUAUUCUAUUAAGAGAAAUCAUUUCACUAAGUAUGAAAACUUGCAUGAUCGACUGAAAAGCCGUCCAAAUAACAUACCAGAAGCUCACUUUAGGAAAUUAAUGAAUUAUUGGAGUUGUGAAGUUGUUCAAAAAAUUAGUCGUCAAAAUGCUAACAUUACAGCUCAACAAAAAUGUAGACAUCGAGCGGGUCCCAUAAGCUUUGCUAUCAUAAGGGAAAAACUGCGUGCAGCCAAGGAUGGUAGAGAGGCUCCUACUCAAGCUGAGGUUUUUAUUGAAACACGACAAAGCAAGAGAGGAAGUGAGCUAGACCAAGUUACAAGUAACACAAUCACAAAUCUUAAAGAUUUGAUUAUAAAUUCUGGUCAGUCUUCGGACGAGGCAUUUCAAACUGUCUUUGGCAAAGAAAAACCAGGAAGAAUGCGGUGUCAUGGGAGAGUUACAACACCUUCUCUCUUGAAAAGAAAUAAAGAAAUAGCAGAAAUUGAAAUGAAGCAUGCUGCUGAAGUUAAACAUUUAAAUGAAAAGAUUCAAGAAAUGAGGGUAAAACAUGAAAUGUUGGAGACUAAACACAGUGAAGAGAUGGCAGCAAUAGAGAGAAAAUUGGAAAUUCUUCUAAGGGUCAUGCUAAUAAACCAAAGCAACUCAGGACAUGAUAUGGGGGAUUUGGUAGCUUUGUUAUCAAUCCCAAAUGAAAAUAACAAUGCUCUGCAUUCAUCUGCAUCUGCGCAUGCCCUAAAUAACCAUCCGGUAAAUCAUAUCACUAUGCGGGAAGAACAAUCGAAUGAUGACUUGGAAGAAGAUGAUGAACAAUUGUACGAUGACUUGGAAGAAGAUGAAGAACAAUUGUACGAUAACUUAGAAGAAGAAGAUGAAGAACAAUUAUACGAUGACUCGGAAGAAGAUGAAGACUAUACAGACUGAUUCAUCAAUGCUGGGGCUUAGCUGGGGCUUCUUUUCAUUUUCUUUUGUGAUAAGAACGUAAACACUAUUCCUUUCUACUUUGGGCUGAUAAUAGAAUCUGCAAGUUAUAUAUAGAUCUUUUUAUAGUAGUUUUGGCUGUCAUCACUUAAAAGAGAAGCUAACAUUAUGGUCUAUUUUUUUUGCCAAAGUUACUCCAGCUUAACAAAGCCGUUUGGUUAUUAUAA